CGUGCCACCGCGGAAGCCGCCCCGCCGCCAGCUUGUCAACCCUCUUUCUCUCCUCAAGAGAAAACUGUGAUUCUUCUUCUUUUCUCUCUCUUUUUUUCAGCCCACCCGCUUCGUUUGGACCCUCGAGGCCUCGGCUCUGUCAUCCCGGUCAAAAUGCUCUCACAGAGGUUUCUGCUGCUGCGAUCGGCCGCGUGCUUCACGAGGAGGUCGUUCUGCACGGGAGGAGCGUUGAAGCAGGGCAAGCAGGGAAAGGCACCUGACAUGAUCGAGGGAAAUCCACAGUUUCAUGUGUCAAAUGUGCGAAACAGGCUGAGAGAAAUCGUGGGAGCUUCCACAAACUGGAGCGACCAUCAGCAGGCCAUGGCGGAGCGUGUCUCACUGUCCUCCAUGUUGGCCAAAUCUCAGAACGAACUUCCUGCCAAGAGGAUGAAGGACAGCUACCUGGAGGUCCACCUGCCCCUGGGCUCGGAGCCACAGCUCAGGGAGAAGUAUCUGACCUACCACAACACCGUCAGGUUUGGCAGAAUCCUGGAGGACUUGGACAGUUUAGCAGUCCUCAUCUCUUACUCUCACACCUACAACUCAGAACUAAAGAGGUCUCCUCUGUCUAUUGUCACCGCCCUGGUGGACAAAAUCGACAUGAGGCAGCACGUCAUCUACCCCGACUGCGACAUCAAGUUCACAGGUCAUGUGACGUGGGUGGGGAAGUCAUCCAUUGAAGCCAAGAUCCACAUGUCACAGUACCGUGACGGAGCGUACGCCUCCGUUCUGGAUGCUACAUUUGUCAUGGUGGCCCGAGACCCAGGAAACAAGAGGGCAGCGUUUGUAAAUCCACUGAAGCCUGAAGGACCCGAGGAAGAACGACUCUUCCAGGAAGGAGAAGCUAACAAAUCCCGCCGUGUGGAGCUGAGCACUGCGUCGCUGCUGAAGGUCGCUCCCACACAAGAGGAGAGGACAGUCGUUCACGGCCUUUUCCUCAACACCCUGGACACCAACACUGUCAGUUUCCGCAGCAGAGUUCUGCCCCCAAACUCAGUGUGGAUGGAAGAUGCCAAACUGAAAGGACUGGAGAUCUGCCAUCCUCAGGAGAGGAACAUCUUUAACAGGAUAUUUGGAGGUUUUCUGAUGAGGAAAGCUUACGAGCUCGGCUGGGCCAACGCCUGCUCCUACGGGGGUUGUCGGCCGAGUCUGGUGGCUGUCGACGAUAUCCUCUUCCAGAAACCUGUGGAGAUUGGAUCUUUGCUGAUGCUCUCAUCGCAGGUGUGUUACACUCAGGGGACGUACAUCCAGGUCAGAGUUCACAGCGAGGUGUUUGACCCGCUGACCCGACAGCACAACACCACCAACAUCUUCCACUUCACCUUCACUUCAGACCGCGACGUCCCCAACAUCAUGCCCAAGACUUAUGGAGAGUCGAUGCUGUACCUGGACGGAAAGAGACACUUCGACCAAACCGUGGCGUGCUGAGACGUCAAACUCACAACCUGAAGCCUUUCAGCAUCCAAACGCCGAGCUCCAAGUGUUUCAGUGUUUAUGAGAAUAAUGAAUGAAUGCGGUUCUACAUGUUUUUAUAUCACGGUUUCUGAAUUUUAAACAGCCCACACAGGCACUUUGUUUGAAUUCUGUUGCUUCAGUCGAUCUGGAGGUUUACAAAUUGGUGUGUUUGGUGCACUACAGCAGAAGAUGCUUUUUCCCAACAUGUUUCUCUAUUUUAUACUCUUAUCAUUUUUCCCAGUUGUACCAGUCAGUGUUACGGCCUCUCAACUGUAGAAAAUGAGGUAAACGCUCCAAUCCUUCUCAUCAUAACCUCAUUCACUUCCGACUCCUCUGUGUUACAAUACAGCAUGUUACAUUUUUAUAUCUCACUGUUGCUUACACGCACAAACAGCUUUUCUUUUUUACACUUUAUUCUGAUGCUGCUGCAAAAAGAACAAGGGUGUCAAUUAUCUGGCCUUAACUGGUGUAUUUACUCGAAUGCAAUAAAAAAGUUUUAUUUA